CCAGCUUCCAGGUUCCAUUGCCCGCCUCAGGUGUCCACCAGCCUCGUGCUCGGCCCAGGAGACGCCCCCUUGGCCCCGCCAAGCACGUCCGCCGUCUGCUGCGCCAGCCGGUGGCUCCACGCCCACCAGCCCAGGGCCGGUCCAUUGAAAGGGACCCUCCGAGCCUUGCGCUGGCUUGCUUGCCGCUGUUUGGUGGCCACUGCUCACCCCAGCAAAAGAGGCUACGUGCAUCACUUCGACGACCGCUGACAUUCCCGUCCAUCCAACCUCCCUGCACUUUCCCCGACGUCCCGACCAUCACGGCCGCCGCUCCGCAUCGUGUACUUCUCCCCAUCAUACGAAUACCGCGAACUGUCUCUCUGUCCGUCCCCCGACCGACUGACCGCCCACCGCGACUGCCAUCGUCUCCGAGCGCUGAGCGCCGCCGCGACACCCACGAAGCCCAUCGCCGAGUCCCCCGUCGCGCCUCGAGCUCGACAAAGCCCUCAACAUGACGCUCAAGGAGGAGUUCCAGACAAGAAACUUUAGUAUCUACGGACAAUGGUGAGCUUGGCCGCGCGCUGCUCCGAAUGCUGUCCUCGGCGAUGCACCACGAGCUCGGCAUCAUCGCCGUCGUCACUUGCGUGGCCACGACAGCGGCUAACACCCGGCAGGCUGGGCAUCUUGUCCAUGAUCAUUUGCCUGGCAACAGGCAUCUCGACCAUCUUUACCUUUCACGUUGGCCUCAUCAUCUUCUGCGCCUUUGCCAUCGCGUUCGCCUUCCUGAUCCUCUUCAUCGAGGUUCCUCUGCUGCUCCGCAUCUGCCCGACCUCGGCCAAGUUUGACGCGUUCGUCCGCAAGAUCUCGACCAACUACAUGCGCGCGGGCGCCUACGCCAUCAUGUGCGCCGUCAUGUUUGUCAGCAUCGCCUUCGGCCGCAGUGCGCUCAUCGCCGCGGGCGUCUUCCUCACACUCACCGCCAUCUGCUACCUGCUGGCCGGCAUCAAGGGCCAGGCCUUUGUUGGCAGCAAGACGCUCGGCGGCCAGGGCGUCGCCCAGAUGAUUGUCUAAGCCUGGCUUUGACACGGCGAGCGGCACGGUCCGCGACGCGGAGCUGCCUCCAACAACGACCGCCACACGGUGCAAAAAUGUUGAAAUGCGACGAAGACGAGGAUGAGAGCGUUUAGGGG